AUCAGAAUUCGUGGACGAGAGAGCACUGUGAGAUCCUAUCAGUUCCAGUGUUAUUAUUGGUACACGUCAUUAGUACAUUCUCGAAACUAGAUACGUCUCAUCAUCUUAUUGGCUUAGAUCUAGUAACUCUUCGUAAUGAUGUCAUUACGUAUUAAAAAUUACCAUGCGGUUAAAAAGCAAUAGUUAAAUGGGCCGAAGAAAGCCCAAAGAAUCUUUAGUUGUUUUCCGAUCGAUCUGCGAGACAUAUUUGCCGGCGAAAAAAUUCUCCGGGAGAGAUCCUUUGAUCUUUUUUCCGAUGGAGGAGCAGAUCGGAGGGAGCGAUGAGAGAUGGAAAGGAUCAUUGGAGAAUAUAACGGAGAUGGCAUCGAAUCUCGAUUCUCUUCAGAAACUUCUCCUCAAGAAAGCAGUCUUCGUCGAAGAAGACACUUUCGCUAGAGCUUCUCUCGUCUCCGAACAAGCCCGAACCAUCAAGAUUCUUGAGCAAAGAGUACAAACACUAGAAAGAGAACUAGAUGCUGCCAUUACAGCUGCUGCUCAUGCUCGGUCUGAGAAACGCCAAGCUGAGUCCUCUCAAAAGGCUGCUGAAUCACGUGCCCAAGAGGUCACCAAAGAGCUCGAAAACACCACAAAGGUUUUCAAACUGCACAUGGAAGAGCUCCGAGGAAUGCAAGAACAGAUAUUCAAACGCGAUAAUGAGAUCAAACUCUUAGAAGCUAUAAUUCAAACACUCGGCGGCAAAGAGCGGUUGGGAAAAAGCGGCAUGAAUGGAUGAUGCUGAUGCGUUUUUUUCACUUGUAAAGUUUUGUACUUGUGAGUUUGUGGAGAUGUAUCACUUUGAAGAUAAAUGUAUUUUUGUCUAUUUGGUACGUUCUUGAAUCUUGCCUGUUUUUUCAAGAAAUGAAUGUUACAUGGGCCUGAGCUUAUAAAUGGGCCUAAUGUGAA